AUGUCAGUCAGUUCCUCCCUUCAGCAGAGAAUCAAGACGCACGGAGCGGAUCCGGAUGACAGCGGGGAUGACUGGGAGAUCGGGGUUGGGAAUCUGAUCAUCGACCUGGACGCGGAUUUGGAGAAGGAUCGACAGAGAUUGGAGAUGAAUCGCGUUUUGAGCGUUAAAAGCGCGGUGGAAGGUCGCGAAGAGCUCGAAUACAAUUGCUCGAGCGCAGGCGCCGCGUUCGACGGCCUGACGCGAGCCUCCGCCGCCAGCGAGCAGACGCUCCUCUGCAAAGAGCCCAAGAAAUUCAAGCUGAAACGCAGGAAUUCCACCACGGAUGCGGAUCGAUUCCCGUCGCUGGAGAUGGUGAGCGGCAUUCCUAAAGUUUGCGUCGGUAAGCGGCGCGAGGCUCAAGGACGCGGCGGAGAGAUGAAUUCAGCACCAGCGCCGGUGGACAGCGACCAGCCCACGCCGCCCGCCCGAGCCAAAGACUGCAAAAAGGGCAAAACCCAGAGCAAAGGAGUGAAAAGAGAGAAAGACUCGGCGAGGACGCGGAAAGAGAAGCCUAGCGAUGAAUUCGGCCCGCUGUCAGAGAACGGAAGCGCCUUGGGAGGAACGGAGAAUCUCAUCGGUAGGGGCGGAAUGGACGCGGCUAUUGUUGACCACACUGACGACACGAGCACCGAGGAGAACAGCCUGAGGACGUUGAGUGUUAAGACGCGGUCGGUUGGAACUAACACACAGGAAGCCGAGAAAGCCCUCGAGUCCAGCUACAUGGAGCCAUGUCAACCAGGAACGAGUGUCAAUCUAGAGGGUAUUGUGUGGCAUGAAACGGAGGAAGGGGUUCUAGUUGUGAAUGUCACAUGGAGGAAAAGGACCUAUGUGGGCACUCUCUUGGACUGUACCAAGCAUGACUGGGCUCCACCACGGUUUUGUGAAUCACCAAUGAGUGAUUCUGAAAUGCCUUAUGCGCGUGGACGUGGUAAACGGAUGCGGCUGGCCAUACCAGAUCAACCAGCUGUAGACCCGAGUCUUUCCAAGAUACGAGGGCUAACUCACAAGAGGCGCGGAGUGGGAAUCGGCAACAAAGGAAGACGAGGGAGUCUGAACCUCAGUGGCUGUAGGACACCUGGAUACUACGCCAUGGAGGACAUCAAAUCCAAUUCACUUAUAUGUGGAAAACGAAAAGGCAAAGCCCCAGCCGAUCUAGAUUUAAGUUUGGUCUCGGAGGACAUUAGGAAUGGGAAUGGGAAAAGGAUACGAGCCAAAUCCAGGAGCGCUCCUUCCACCCCUCAGGGUAAAUCCGACCCUGUGUUUCUUGAUCAAGUUUGCGCGUCCCCAAUGCUAAUAGACUGUCCGCAUCCGAACUGCAACAAGAAGUACAAACAUAUCAACGGGCUCCGUUACCACCAGUCACACGCUCACCUGAACAGUGACAGAAAGCAAGAGUUUGAGGUGGAGAGCGAGGACAGGCUUUCAGAUUUUGAUGAAGCACUCAGCUCGGUACCUUUUGAUUCUUCUGAGAACAUCAUCUCCAAGAAGCCCAGAAGCAUGUAUAAACUCAAUGCAGUCGGUUCUCCAAAGAGCAGGAAAGCAUUGCUCAACAAUGAUAGCAGUCCCAAAGCCAAUGCAAAACUACGCCCUAAUGUGGCAAGUAAAGAUGGAUCCAUAGAUGAUCUGAGCAACCUCCCACUCAUUUCCAACAUGUCCGUUGUCCUUGAGAACUGCCUCAUGACGGAUCGUAGUACAUCUGUUGAGAUGCCUAAGCUCGAAGCAGAGGGUGUUAUUGAUAAGAGGGACAUAUGUAGCAAAGUUAAGAAAGAAGGGUUCACUGAGAGAUGCUUAGCCAAGUCUCGAACCAACAGACUCAUCAACGCUGCCCCUGCUCCUCCGAAGCUGACCGCUAUUCCACCCGCUGCAUUUUCCACUAAAAUCACAGAAGUUUCUUCUCAUCAGGCUUCUCCAACUGUUGCCCUCACAAAAGCCAAGAACCUCUCACUGAAACCCAUCAAGCCAAAGCUGGACGUUAUUGCACAAGUUAACAUGGCCAACACCGCCUCAGUCCUGAGCAAAGACAGUAAGAGAAAGGAAAAGCAUCGAUUAAAGGACAGGAAUUGUAAAGAUCCCCGGAGUCCCAAAAGUGACCCGAUAUACACAAAAGCGGAUGAUACAAAGACUAUCGGGAAAGACUUUCCCGUGAGCCUCUUGAAAGAGCAUUUGAGCAAGCAAGAUGUUGUAAACGGUCCAAGUGAAACGCAAGAAAGCCGCAUGGCGAGUAUCAGAGCCGAGGCCGACAAGGUGUACACCUUCUCAGACAAUGCACCGAGUCCUUCCAUCGGGAGCUCUGCAAGAAUGGACUGCGUCCCUCUUACAAACGGAGAUGGAGUGAGUGCUAAAACAAACAGUCCUGCAUACUCCGACAUAUCCGAUGCAGCUGAGGACGGUGGAUCAAACUCAAGAUCUAGAAGGAACUCGACACAAGAUUCUAACUCAAACAGCAACAUCAAUCCCAAAAUUCCCUCAGUGAGUACCACUCCCACGGUGACCCCAGGAAAAGAGGUCCAGUCCACAUCUCACGGCCAUGGUUAUGAAUCCCAUUGCAUCCCAGGUUACAUGCAUUCUGGGCAAGCCAGUUCCACUUCGUUCCAUAAGGUGGCCUCACCUUACGGUCGGACGAAGGAUGAUUUGAGAGAUUUAAAUGAGGAUAUAAAAAGCUCAGAAUCCUCUAGCCACUCAAGUUCCCAAUCACAGCUUCAGUACGCUGAAACGCACACAGCGCUGGCUCAGUCUUUGUACUAUGGACAGUACAGCCGGGGUGUUUCAAUGGACCAGAAGGUUCUAAUGAUGCCCAGCACCCACAGACCUCUCAGUGAGGCAUGCUGUGAGGAAAUGCAGUAUAGCAAGCAAAGUAGAGGUCAAGUUAGACGAGGAUCUGAGCAAAAGGAACGAACAAAGGAUGAGCAAAAACUGUUUAUAAGCUCUCCUCAGUCGAUUCAUAAAGGGGCGAACUCUGUUAAGAUUAACUGUGCAAAACCUGGCUUCAUCUAUGUGGAUUUGGACAAGCAGCUGUCGUUUCAGCAGCAGCAGCAACAGGGGAAACUGUCACAUAUCUCCAUGUCAAAAGAACAAGGGGUCCUCAAGGAAUCUGAAGACCUCAGUUUGGAGAGUUCAAACUCAAAAUCAAAUGUGGACACAAAUGUAACAUUUCUAAAUGCUUCAGAAUCUCAGUCCUGGAGCCACUCUUAUCAGUCCAAAUAUGUGAAGCAGCAAAAUCAAGAGGUCAACAGGAUCUCUGAGGAAAUGAGUCUGAGUCCAAACAAGGGGAAAGAUUGGCACAUGCCUCUAGAGCCCGAGUCCAGGCUGGAGGCCGAACUCCAGAGCGUCAAGUGUGAGACGGCUGCCGAGGUCAUCGAGGAAAGUACCAGACCGGAGGUGGACGAGAUAGUGGAUGAGACGUCUGAAGACUUGCAGAACGCAAGAGGGGCCGCGUCGUCACCCCAGCAGUCCUUCAUCCAGUUUCAGCACUCCUACCCCUAUUUACACCUGUGUGAGACAAGCAGCAAUGCUUACAGAGUGAUGUCUCCAGCUUUGGUGCAUAAUUACCCAGGUUUCCAUUAUCCUCUGUAUGGAAAAACGGCAGGGAGAGAGGAUUCAGAGGGGGCUCAAAGCAGCAAACCAGUGACAGAUUCGACAGCAUUAGAGCUUCUGUCACAUCCUCUCCUGCCGUAUCACGGCAAAUCUCCCGUUGUAUGUGUCUCAGUUCAAAAAACAAGUAAAAGACACUGGUGA